AAACCACCAGUACCAUCUUCAUCCUCUCCAUUAUCCCUUCCCCUCCGUACACUGAGCACAACUUCACCAUCAUUAACUCCUAAUUUUCCAUCUCUCUCUAUCUUAUCUCUAUUCUUAUCAAGAACAAUAACCCUAGAAGAUAAGAUUUAGAGAGGUAGAGUUAGGGUUAGCUGUAUAAUUGGGGGAACAUCAAAUUAAUGAAGUUGCAGAGAUGAAUUGAAGGCGGGAGACGCGUUUUGGUGCUGGUGAAACUGAAGCAGCAAACCAAAAAGGAAAAGCAGAAAAGAAGCAGCGGAACAGGAUUAUCGUGCCUAUACCCGGUUUAUACCGGUGGUAUCGUUUCGAAACCUCUUAACUGUCAUGACUAUGUGAAUGCCAUAACAAAUUGUCCUGCUAAAACCAGUUUUAUUUACAUAGUCCUGUCAAAAUCCUGAGACACACUUUUGUGCAUGAACCUGUGGUGUUUGAGCAGCAUGUACCUGCUGAAAUUUGUUAUGAACAUAUCUCAGUCGCUGAAUAUCGUUGUAUCUGUCUGCACGUAUGUAUGAAUAUGUUACCACUCCAAUAAGCAUUGCCUCCCUGAAUUGCAUAUUGCUGCUUACCUGAUUUGGCAGUUCUGUGUGCAUAGUUCCAAGUAUUAGCUUAUGUGGCAUUGUUUCCCUGGAUCUGUGCAAUUUCAACUGUGUAGUUUCUGAUGAACUUAGUCUUCCCUGGUUAACAAUUCAGAAAAAUAGUUCAAAUAGUGACAUCUCCUUGAACUUGAACUUCGUUAGGAAAGUCUGUAAUCUGUAUGUGGCUUUGUUAGUUCACUGCUGCUGGAAAAUCGUCGGCACCAUUGAAUCCUGAAUUGUGACUCUUACAAGCAUCUUUAGAAGUGCCUAAAAUUUCUGUUGUGCAAAGGAAAGAAAGAAAGAACUGAGAAACGAGAUCAAAAUUGGUGGCUUCGCCCAGGUAAGUUCCUCCCUGUGUCGUGCUGAAGGUAAGUUCUCAAAAAUACUCGGUGAGCUCGAGUCCUCCUUCGCUUGCUCCAUGAUCUGAGUUGUUUUGAACUUUGUUUUAGUAAAAAGAGCUUCAUGAUUUGUUAGUCAAAUGCGAGCAGGCCACUCGAUAAGUUAACAACAACAUCAGUUCUAAAUCAAAUAGAAACAACCAUUUAGGACAGGUAGGCUUUGUCAGGCAGAUAGUCUGUGAUUACAGUAAAUAUGCACCCUUGGUAGAGUAUCUGAACUGCUGAACUGCAAAUACUUUGGGAUAGGUCUGUCGUGUAGUGUAGCCACAUCAUUCUGUUUAGGAGUUGCUACAUCAUGUCAGGAUUUUUGUCUGCAACUGGGAUGAGCACAAAUCCAUUACAGAACUUGCUUACGGGCAUGUUUCACGUUAUGAGCCUCCCACAGACCAUGAUGUCAAUUAUAGGGAUUGUUAUGGACAUUUUCAUAGUCCUGAGCCUCAAUACUUGGACCCUAAUAACUAUUCACACAUGUAUCAUCCACCACAUCAAUAAAAUGAACAUUUUUAUAAUGCCCAGCUCACACACUCAUCACUUCUGGAUCAAUUAGAAGCUCAAAUUACAACUUUAGAAAUGCAAACACAUGAGAAAUCUGUCGCAUCUAAUUUACCUAGGAAAUCUGAAAUUUAUGCUUGUACCUUAUGUGGUAGCUUAGGCCACCCUGUUGAGAACUGCUAUAUUUUGCAUGAUUUUAAGCAAUCUAGAGAAUACCAUGAAAAUCCAAGAUAUGAAAUACCCACAGGUUAUGAAGCUGGUAGUCAUUGAGACCAUAAUCAAUCUUUUGAAGGUUGCGAUCUGUCUUUUAUAGGCCCUAACGACCAUGCAACCAUGUAUCAAUCAACACAAUGGGAAGUUGAACAAUUUUGUACUUCCCAUAAUCAAUCUGUGGAAGUCAUUGAACAAGAUAAUGCUAGAUUUGAAUUUCAUAAUGAACCAUAUAACAUUGCUUCUGAAUUUCCUUUUUGUGGUGACCCUCAUGCACAACUAUGUACUGAAUACCCAUAUGUACUGAGGAUACCUACCGUUGAAGAUUCUCCUUCCAUUGAACAACUUAAUAUAUUUUUAAAAAUGAAUCUGCUUCAUUUAGAAAAUGAGGAAAGGGAGGAAUUUCAGGACGAAAUGAUUGUUAUCCCUAAACUAAAUUUUGAAAAUAGUGUCUAUAUUCUUACUCAAGCUACUGAUAUUGAACAUGAACCUAAUCUAGAGGUAAAUGAGUGGACUAGAGAUACUAUGAUCGCAAAUAGGGCAUCGCAUUUCUGUUAUGAUGAUGACGAUGAUUAUGAUGUUAUGUUAGAAAAACAUGUUUAUGCUGAAAAUAUUGCGGAAGCUUUGGGUUCAGAAACAUUAGGUUUCUCUGCCUCGACCUUCAUGAAUGAUGUUUUUUCUAGUAUUCCAUGUACAUGUGAUGUUGAUACUGAUCUGGAGCCUGUGCAAUUAUUCUGUGAAGAUGAGCAUGACUUAGGAAAGGUUGAAUUAUCUGUUGACACUAAUGAUCUGAUACCUGAGAAUAACUUUGAUGUGUCCAAUUCCCUUCUUAGGUCGCAAUAUAAUUCUUCUUUUGAUACUGAUUUGGGUAUUUUGGAUGAUGAUGAUUAUGAAUUGGGGUUUGAUAAUUUGUUCUAUGAACGUGAGCAUGAUUUACCUGUUUCUGAAUUAGGGAGAGUUUGUGAUGGUACUGAUAAUCUUACACAUGACAACAGCUUAAAUGUGCCUACCUCCCUACCCAUGUCACAAACUGAUAACCUUGCACCCAACCUAGAUUUUGCUUGUAACAGAACUGUAAAACAUUGA